AUGAUAGAACGUGUUUUGGCUACAGUUUAUGUUAAAAUUUAUGAAAAUCAAGGAAAAAAGAUUGGAGUUAUUAGCACAAUUAUUGUGUGGUUAUUAAUAUCAAUUUUUGUUGUUUUUGUUUACUUUAGCUUUAUUACGGAUCCAACAUUUAGUCACCCAAUGGCUUAUGUAAACCUCACUAGCAAUUACAAUUCUGAUGUUUUAAUUAUUGUUCAUUACUUUUUCUUAGUUUUAGUCCUCUUCAUUGCUAUUGCCGAUUACUGUUUGAUUCAUCGAAAUAAAAAAAUAAAGUCCUCUUUUUCAGUAAAACACUACAGCCUCAGUCAAAGUUAUCAGGCUAAACAAAAUCUUCUUGUGAUGAAAAUUGUUUUUCCUCUCGACUUUUCUUAUUCUUUUGUUUUUGCAAUUUAUAAUGUCCUUUCGGGGUUUAUUAGGUCAAAAAGAGGAGAAUAUGGCCAACUUGUUUAUGUACGGACAUAUGACGGAAUAUUAAAUAUUUAUUUAUUUAAGUUAUUAUUUAUUCAUGCAAUUAUAACUUUAAUUGUUUACGAACAUUUUUUGAGAAAACAGAAUGAACAUAGAAAGAAUUUUAUUAAAACAAGUAGUAUGAAAAUAACUUCAGAAAUGUAUUUUAAAAGAUUGAAUUCUUAA